AUAAAAACCAGCCGACUGGAGAAAAACGAAGUUGCAGCUAAAAUUUGAUGAACAACAUCUUGGUGAAAGGCUUUUCCAUUUCUAAAAGGGCAAAAAUCACAGAUUGUUUAAUUACAUUUAUAAGUACGUAAGUCAAAUACAACAACAUGGCAGAGCACUCUAUCCCUCUCGACAUUCUUGACGACCUUCGCAGUCGAUUCAUCAUCAAUGUGCCUGAGGAAGAAAAGAAAGACCUGGUCAGAAUUUGCUUUCAAAUAGAAUUGGCACACUGGUUUUAUCUAGACUUCUUUUGCACAGAAGAAAAUCCAAAACUGAAACAGUGUAAUAUGAAAGAAUUUGCGACGCAUAUGUUCCAACAUACUCCAUUCCUGAAACCACAUGUCAACCACAUAGAUUCAGUCAUCGAGCAAUGGAGAUGUUACAAGCAAAAUGUGCCGACUUAUGGAGCUAUAGUACUAAAUGAAGACCUGACCAAAGUCUUACUGGUUCAAAGUUACUGGGCUAAAAGUAGCUGGGGUUUCCCCAAGGGAAAAGUAAACGCAGAUGAAGAUCCUUCUCACUGUGCAGUUAGGGAGGUUUUAGAGGAGACGGGAUUUGAUAUAUCAAAUUUGAUAGAUAAAAAUGAAUACAUCGAGUCUGUGAUAAACGAUCAACUUGUAAGACUUUACAUUAUAUCAGGAGUUCAAAAAGACACUAAGUUUCAGCCUAAAACACGUAAAGAGAUAAAGAAUGUCGAGUGGUUCGCUCUGGCUGAUUUACCAAACAACAAAAAGGAUAUGACGCCUAAAGUAAAGAUGGGGGUUGGACCAAAUGCCUUGUUUAUGGUUGUCCCAUUUGUCAAGCGCAUGAAACGCUGGGUCCAAGAGAAGCAGCAACGAGAGAAAGGUGUAACUGCCACUAGGAGGCACAGACACAAAUCCCUUGGAGAUGUUGAAUCUAUUUCCAAAAGUAAACGCCAGCAGCAAAUGAUUCCGCAAUCUGCACAGAACCCACAUCAAGCAAAUACCUCACCUGGUCGUAGUCGAAGAAGUACCAAUGACCCAAGAAAUACGCCAAUGAAAGGCGCGUUCAAGCGUAAUUUGUUUGGCGAACCAGGUGAAGAAUAUUCCCCUGCAAUGCUGGCUAAGCAAUUGAUCGACAGUCCUCAAGCUCAAAGGGAAGCGUUCGGAAGUCCACAGAACAUCGAAUUCUAUGAAGAAACAGCGAUGCGCCCUGUGUCCAACCCUGGUAAACGUGGUGAUAAAUUUUAUUCCACUGGUAAUUCGAAAUCCCAGAGUUUCAGAGCUGACAAGACAGGGGAUAAAAUAUUGUCUCAGGAGUAUCAUAAUACUCAAGUAAAAGUGCCAGACGGAAAUAUAAAGUCACUUUUGUUUGGGGAAGCAGCUCGUAAAUUACCAAAUAGCUACGACUCCCCACAAUUGAUUUCAAAGUCCACCUCGUUAUCAUUGAGUGGUGGCGAUCGUAAUAAAAUCUUACCGUCAGUACAAAGUUACGGAGCUGAUAUAUCCUUACAAUUUCGUGCCAAAGCAUGGACACAUUUCAAGUUCGACAAAAGAGCAAUACUUAACUGCUUGUAAAGAAUUUUCUACUAUAAGUAAUGACGAAAUUACCUAUUAUGCAUCUGUGAUCUCAAUCGAAGUGAAAACAUGAAAAUAUAGCAUUUUCAUUAUUUUAUAGGUAUGUACACUGACGUUCAAUCAUGCCUUCAUCUUCUAGUGUUGUGUGAAAACUGAACCGUGAUUCGACUUCAUCAUGAUUGAUAAGUUGCAUCUGUUUCUCCAUUAAUUACCAUAAUUUGUAUAAAAUUAACCUAUUUCUGUUUAGAAUCAAUAUUGUGAACAAAAAGAAAUCAUUGAAAAUGCUAUGUACGCAUGCAUUGCUAUGUGCUAUGUGUUUGAUAUUUAUGGUAAACAAUAUUUGAAGAUGAAGAAAAAAUAAUCGUAUGAUAACAUCCUACGAUUAGUCUGUUGGCAGUUGUAUAAAUGCUUGAAUAUGCCAGACAAUGUAAAUAAAGUUAUUGUUUCACGUAAAAAUGUAUAGCGCUAAGGGAGAUAGUGUUAAUCAUUUUAUAUUCUUAUUCAUUUUUUAUAUCAGUGAAAAUGAUGGUGUGUGUUGUACUGUCGCCUGCAGUGGCCAGGUGUAAGUUUUCUUUUUUCUUUUUCUUUUACACUUGAACAUUAAGAUUUGGGAUCGAUAUAAUUUAAAAGAAAUAUUUGUACCGAAACCAUGCCUCUUCUCGGUGUGAGAACAGGAAAGGUUCAUUUUUGCGCCAUCAGUCGUUAUAAUAGUUACAGAAAUGCCAAGUAAACCGUUAUUUAAUGACCCUACCAGCAGAACGACUCAAAACGACUGCUUCAUUUUGUGUCAUGGCGCAUUUUCGAUUUAUUGAUCUAUACUUAGAAAGAUAAUGUCAUCUAAUCCAGCCAUUUCUGUUUAAGGAAAAAGGCCAUUUUUUAUUUUCUAAAUGUAUGAAUGUAUGUAACCCGUGCCUUGCGUGCCUAUAAUGAACAUCGUGCCUAAUUAGCAUGUUUCAAAUCAGCAAAUCAUUCAGAUAACUUUCAUUUGUUCUUCCUUUAAAUUGUUCGAGACAAUAAAAUGGCUCUAAUAGUUUUAAGAAUUAUUAAUCUCUCGUGUAAGAUUCAAAGGAAUGCUUUGCUUAAAGUACCUAUAUAUUUUGAUGAGCGUGAAUGUAACAGACAUUGUAAAAAAAUACUUAUUGUACAGCUUUACAACAAAGUAGUAUCAUCUUUGUGUUCAAAUUGCAACAUCGUUUUGGUGGUACUAAAAAGACAGGCAUAUAAAUUUCGACUGCAAAAAUCACCGUAAUGAUUUACCUAAGAAAAACUUUUUUCAUAUUAUUUAAUUUUCAUUUCUUUUUCUCUUACACAGUAUGCAUUUGAAAUUUUUUUUAUCUAAAUGAACAAACGAAACUUCUAACAAAAUCAACAGUUAAAAAUAUUUGAAUUUAACUACCUUUUUCUUUUUGCUGCUCUCACAAUCUAUCAAUCAGGUUGAAAUUUGCAAUUAGUUUUAUUUUUAUACAUAAAUCUUUAGUCCAUUUGAAUUGGAGUUGCAAUCUAGUGGUGUUUAAACGUCCUACACGUUCCUUACUGCUCAGCGAAUCCACGUUAUCUUGUCUACUAAAUGUCAUGACAAAUAUAGGUAACAAAUACUUUUGUAAUAUGUGACUAUUUUCAAUAUAUACAAUUACGAAAAUACAAAUCAUUAUUUAAUUAAAUAUAAUAUCUUUUCAGCAAACCAUACUCUUAAUUGUAAAGUUUUAACAACUAUAAAUUACAUUACAGUCCCAAUUAUUCAUUAAAGUAGUUGUUCAAGAAGCGAGGCAACUAUUAUUCACAUAGGUGAAAACAAAAUUUAACGAGAUACAAAUUUAUUUUUGCCCUUCGAUCUAAUAUUUUUUGGAAUAACAAAUCAGAAAACUUGAAUUUGAGGGGCUUGAUAAUUUCUAUAUUAAAUAGUUUUUAAAGACCGAAGGCUUUAGUUUUUAAUAGUUAUUUAUUUUUGUAUUACUUACAAUAAUUAUCAUGACAUUUAGUUUUAUUUGACCAGAAAAGAGACUGCGUGUUUAAGAACAAACAAUAAUCACGGAUCAGUGACGUAAUUCUGUUGCAUUAUAUUAUAAUUAUAUAAACAUAAUAGUAGUAAUAACAAUAACCUUCAUCAUGAUUAUCAAUUACAAAUCGAAGUUUUUUUUGGAACAUGUAUCUUAUCCAUACAUACUUCAGUUACAUAAGGUAUUCCUAUUUGAUUUCAUGUAAAAAAAAUGCAUAAAUGAUGACGAUCCUUGUAUACAAUUAUUCAUAUGUUGCAAAGUUUCAACAUGGUGAUAUCUGCCUGUAAAACACAUACAUAAUGCACUUUGCAACUAAAUAUAAAUUAAAUGCAAAUACAAAUGCGAUUGAUCAGAAAUGGGCUAUGAAUUAGUAGCGCAAAGAAAUUUUCUUGAGAAGCUUUUCCUUUUUGCAAUUAGGCGGAACGCAACGGAUCGUUUCACAUGAUUGACUCAAUAAUUCUUCAUUGUAAGUAAUGUCGAUACUUUCAAAUGGUAUGGAAAGGAUUCCGUAAGAUAUCAACUCAUAAUAAAUAUUACACAUCAAAUAUACAUACAGAGCAUUUUACGAGGUAUAAAUUGAGUGAAGCACAAAUCAAUUUGUUUCUGUUAAGUUCAAGAGGGUAAUUUGCAUUCUAAUCUAAAAAAAUCUCAUUGUAUUGCACUCGAAGAUUGAAAAAGAUAAACUUUUAAUUGAUGAUUUGACAUGAUUUAUCGAUUUUCGAGCUAUGAGGCUCUUGAAUAAAUGAUGACUGAUUUAUUAUACUGAGUAACUAUCGACAAUACUUUUACUUUAUUUUUAUUCAAAAUACAAGGUUAAUUUUUUCCAUGCGAUGAUUGCGCGGGGGGGGCUGCAUGCCUAUAAUUGCCCUUCUAAUUGAUAGCCCUGAUUUUAUUAAUUGUAAAUUAUUUGAACAUCCUGAUAAUUAGACUAGUGCGGAUGGAUUCUUAGACAUUAAACACUAAUAUUAGCUAAUCUGGUGGCAAGCGUAUCUAUCGAGUCUGGCCUGAGUGGAUAUAAAUGUAAUAGAAUUUACACAUUUUGGAUCAAUCAGGCAUGUGAUGUGAACUUAUUAUAAAAUCAGAGUUAGUCGUAAAACAAGCUCAAUGUUCCUAGAGGCAAGUAAAAUUUUUAAUACGUGGCUGAUUGGUCCAUAUUACAAUAAAUUAAUCUCUACAAAUUAUUUCUCAACAUAUAUUACCAGAAUAUUAAAUCCACAAACAAUACGCUAUUGAGCCAUCUUAAUUAUAGCAUAGUAAAGAUGUAUCAGAUAAGAGCAAUAUUAAAACAACAAAAAAUCUCAGUAUUGUGAAUAGGUGUCACAGUGUGUGCAUACACAAAUUAAGGUACACGGAUUUUUGUGGUGCAUUGCACAGAUGACAAUUGUACUACCCCAAAUUUUGAUUAAUAUUAAAAAGUAAAACUUUUUUUUGUUGUCAAACUGCGUUGUGUCGUAUGAGAAUUUAUAUACCUAUAACAAUAAUAUACACGAUCGUUUAGUUGUAUAUGUUUCACUGUGUUCAAUGGCUUAAAGCAAUGAAAAUCCAUAGAAAAGUGAUUUUUUUUUUAAAUAUCUUAAAUUGAGCA